AUGUCAACCCCCGAACGAAUCCAUGUCGGCGGUGUGCCCGCCAAAUCUGAGCCUCUCACCAUAGACUGUGGGAAAGCCAAUUUCUACCGCAAGGUCUCCAAGAAAGAAGAGGAGGACCAGAUUGAAGACCAGAACGAAGACGAGGCCAACGCACAAGGUAGCACUAGAACCCAAGGGAAACUAAUCGAAGGAUAUCUGUACAAAUGGGCUUCAAAUGUUUGUCAUCUAGAGGAUAACGAGGUCAAGGUCGAGGACCUCUCCGAUCGAGAUAUCGAUAGUGGGCUCGCACAAGAAAUAGCCAAGAUCCUUUCGAAGACUCUCAAAUGCGACGGAACAGAGACGAUUGCCUAUUUCAGUCCCGAGGGCGGUAUUGAGGGAGUCCUCACAGAAGAGUUCACCAUUCCUAGCUCUCUAGGCAACUGGCGCGUUUGCCGCAAAACGUAUGACUACAUAGAUGUCCGCAACAAGCCGAACUCCCAGUAUUCGGGAUCAGAAAUCACCAGAACAAUCAGCAAGGCCGCCGAGGCAAGCGUGGGACCCGCGCCAUCUGAUGAGGAAGUGCAUCACAUUGCGUGUCGAAUAAUGGCAGAAAAGAAGGAUGAGCUUCCUAAAACCAACAAAUGGCAGAUACUGCUCAACCAAGCCCAUUCCGAGCUCUUCGUCAAGCGCAACGACGACGCGUUCAAGUCGAGACUCAAGGCCGAGCUGAAUGGCGACGCGGAGAUACCGGAGAAUCAGACCGGCGAAUUAGUCGAAUUAGUUACGAAGAAUUUGCCAAAAAGAAAGAGCAACUUCCACCAGUACCUACUCGAUGAAGCAGCAACCAAAGAGUGCGAACGCGUCGAAGGCUUCGACAUUGUCAUACUAAGGGACGAGAAGCACGAAUUGAUUUGUGGUGUCUUCACGGCGGCGGUGCAGAAUCUACUCCCCGCUGGAACAAUGGACAAGAUGCGCACCGCGGCGGAAGCAUUUGCCUGGCGCUGCCCAUACGCGAAGCCUGACGACCUUCGGCAUCCUACGAGCCAGGUGGUACACCUGAAAGGGCACCCGGAAAAGGAUGUACGCUCCCAGGAAUGCCAGGAACCGCAUUACGCUGUCUGCGGAGUCGAGCAUUACGGGCUACAUCCGGAGGCCGGCCACAUGAAUGGGCCUGACGGCCUCAGCUUCCAGAAGUUCUCCUCGGUCAAGUUCGGGAACCUGACCGAAUCCUCCGCAUGGAAAGAAGAGUUUCCUAAACUGAGGGGAGGCGUCUAUGGUGUGGCGGAGAAGGUAUCGCGCCUGUCUCUGAAAGCAUGGGAUCCCCUGUUGCACAAAGAUUAUUUGGCAACUCAAGAGCUUCUGCCUGAGUCACAUCGUAUGAGACUGGCGAAGACAGGCGACAACCCAUACGGGUACAUGGCACAGCUCGUAGAUCCGCUGACGGAAGGCCAUACCGAUUCGACGGACUGGCAAAAGGGCAUGGCGGCAUUAACGUGCUUUGGCGAAUUCACUGGCAAGUACCAACGCUUCUUCGCCAAGGAAAUCGAAAGGGCCGAGAAGCUGCACCUGAAGAACGCGAACGACUGGUCUGACGAUGAGCACAAAUUGUACAAGGCAUAUAAGGAGGGAGGGAUCGCUAUGUUGGAAUACGUCUGGGAGCCUUUUAAGAAGUUGAGGGAGGCAAAGAACGCAGAAAGGGGCCCAAAGAAGAAGGCAGACAGGCCGAAAGGAGACGAUACGGAGGAGCCGGCGCCAAAGAAGGCGAAGAAGGAGACGAAGUAA